UAGGCUGCUGUGUUUACACCCAGAAUCGGACGAUGGGCUGAGCGUUAUGGUCCGUACGCGGUUACAGAGAACUCAUACCUGGUCUGAGACUUUGUCCCGGUCCUGGUCUCCUCCACUGCUCACCCCGGUCAGACAUGGAGAGAGUUGUCAUUGUAACCGGCGCCAACAGUGGCAUUGGCCUGGCGUUGUGUGAGAGGCUGCUGACUGAGGACAGCCGGCUUCGUCUGUGUCUGGCCUGCAGAAACAUGCAGCGGGCCGAGGCCGCCCGCUCCGCCCUGCUGUCCUCUCACACCGACGCACAUGUGGAGCUGCUGCACCUUGAUGUGGGCUCUGUGCAGUCAGUGCUCACUGCUGCUCAGGAGGUCAAGGCCAGGUACAACAGAAUUGACUUUCUGUAUCUAAAUGCAGGAAUUAUGCCCAAUCCACAAGUGGAUGUCAAAGCUUUUUUCACUGGUCUGUUUUCCAAGAAUGUCAUCAACAUGUUUGCAACAGCAGAGGGUCUCUUAACUCAACAGGACCGCCUCAACUCUGAUGGACUGCAGGAAGUUUUUGCCACCAACCUCUUUGGUCAUUUUCUUCUGAUCAGGGAGCUGGAGCCUCUGCUGUGUCAGGAAGGUCAUACGUCCAGGGUAGUGUGGACCUCUUCGAGUAAUGCCCGUCGCUCUGCGUUCAGCAUCGAGGACAUGCAGCACAGAAAUGGGACAGAGCCGUACAGCUCCUCUAAGUAUGCUUCAGACAUGUUGAGCCUGGUACUGAACAGACACAAGAACAGCCAGGGGCUGUUCUCCUCUGUGAUAUGCCCAGGACUGGUGAUGACAAAUCUGACCUAUGGUAUCCUGCCCUCAUUCUUCUGGACUCUCAUCAUGCCCAUUAUGUGGUUGAUUAGGAUCUUCACUAACACAUUCACACUUACACCAUACAACGGAGCAGAGGCACUGCACUGGCUGUUUAUCCAAAAACCAGAGUCUCUGGAUCCAAGAGCAAAGUAUCACAGUUUAACGUCAGGAGUUGGAGCAAACUAUACUCAGCCUCGACAGAUGGACAUCGAUGAUGAAAUGUCUGAGGUCCUCUAUUCAAAACUUCUUGAACUUGAGAAAGUAGUCAGAAGGAAACUGAGUGAGAGAAAUGCUGAUAACAAAGCUCGUCAACAGUACCUCAGUGAGAUAGAGUGAGUCUCUAAUGGAGAGGUCUGAACCAUGUGCAAUCUGUGGUUUAAGACCAGCAACAGUGCUCUUAUUCAUUACAUUCUUUCUAGUUGUAGUUUUGAAAUAUGUUUGUUUUUAUAUGUGAAUGAAACAACCAUACUUCCUCUACCUCGGUCGAUAUCACAACUUUGAUUUGUGUAGCGUGAUCAUGUCGGCUACAGGAGUAAAGCUAUUUUUGAGGGGACCACUUGGAUUCACUGCACUUGUUACUCUAAUGGUAAUGAAAUAAGCAACACAUGACAGUGAAACACUAAAUGGGACAUUUUAGGCAAUUAUUUGUAUUUAAUUUGCAGAAUGUUUCUAAUAAAAGGAAAAAUUAUUGUGAAAAUGUAACCUCCCAUAUUAGUCUUCACACAAGCUGUAACAUUUACACAAAUCCAAAAUUACUUCCACAACAAACACACCUAACAAAAAAACAUAACUACACAAAUAUUAUUAUUAAGUUUUUCACUUUAUUUCUUAAUUAAAUCUAGUCUCAGCAUGAUGAUGAGCUACAAAGCCAACAUGAGCAUUAACAGCUGUUUACCUACCAGUGUACAAGUGAUGUUACAAGUCAAACGUCAGAGCUGUCUCCAGCAUGCUAAGCAGCUAGCCCCAGCCUGGCCAGCCUGUCUCAUCACUUUCUGAUAAUAACUCACUGUAGCAUCUAGACUGUCCUAACCUCUUGUUUUGUAAACGCAUCAAUGGCUGAAGUUCUUGGCAAGUGACCAUCACCAACACCGGCUCCCAGCCAGAAACCAUGUUCAAUGACAAAUAGCACCUUUAAAUUUGGUCAUUCAGAAACCUAAAUAAUGUUAUACAGAUGACAUCUGUCUCAAAAACUGACACAUUUUUGCAAUAAAAUAUCACAACUACCACUUUUUCAUAUUUUCAUAAACAACAAUGUCGGAGGCAUGUAAGAUCAAUACCAGUCGGAGUCUCAUCUGUGUUGCUCUCCUCUUGUAAUGUGGAUACCACCGCCUGAUAGCUGCAUCAUGUGUCUUCUACGACAGGCUUCUCACAUUACUAACUUUAAUUAGCUGUUUGUUAUGGUUUGGUUUCCUGAGGCCAUCGACUAACCACCAGCACUACCAUCAGCUGUCAUCCGUGGCUCAAUUCAGCACAAACUAUGAUGCACAGCUAGCUGACAUGACUGUCUUUUUUUAAUACAUGAAACAACUGCUGUGUUCUGCAAUGGGCCUAUAACAAAAUAUAUGAAUGAAUAAUCAGGUUUCAGCUGAUCCAUAAGGGUGAUGUUUGAAACUGUGUAGUGUAAGACAACACUUCUCAUAUGCAGAAGCUUUGUUUUAGUGUUAUGCGCUUAAAUUUGAAAUUAAAACGCUUUAGGGAUUUGCAAGUUA